UGAAUCAUCCAACCAACCUCUCGCGAGAAGACGACGGCGCUUGCUGUAACGUUAGAUAGGCGCAAGAAACACGUUUUGUUUCAAGAAUUUGUCCUCAAUUUAGGAAUCAUUUAUUUCUUCUGGAAUUUAUUUUGGAAUAAACGUAAAUUUAUUUGACAGUUGUUGAAUUUCAAAUAGUUUCUGUUUUGAACUCGCUCGAGGAGAGCGUUUUCCUCAAAGUCGGUUAUCUUACUGUUGGCUCAAGUCCUUUUUGACGGUUUGAUCAUGAAGGAGGAGGCCAGCCCUGGGCGUCUCGGUGAGGGUGUGAAGCUCAUCUUUGAUCAGAAGGCUCCACACGGUCGCAGGUCCUCUCGCUCCAGCAGCAGCAGUGACAGCUCGUUCUCCAGCAGCAAGGGGGGCCGCUCCUCCCGCAGGUCACGGAGCUCAUCCUCCGAAAGUGGCUCUUCCUCACACUCUCACUCACGCUCCCGCUCCCAUCCACGCUGCUCAGGCCGCUCACGCUGCCGUCACAGGCGCCAUUCUCCUCCUCGCCACUACCGGGCUCGCUCCCGCUCUUACAGCCCUUCUUCUGAGCUUUCCUCCCACCGCAGGCGCUACCAUCGCCGCAGGCGCUCUCCAUCCCUCUACAGCUACUCCAGGCGUUCUCUGUCCCGAUCCCGCUCUCGCAGUCGCUCCCCGGUCUACUGGAGGGGAAGCAGGUUUGUGGGGAGGUACCGGUGCCGUUUCUCCCGCUCACCCAGGAGUUCCAGAGAUUACAGAAACCGGUCUCGCAGCCAUGAACGCUCUGCGGUCUGCCUCAGCCUUGAGGAGAAGAAGUGUUUGUUAAAUGUGGCCAAAGCAAAUGCUGCCAGGAUUCUGGGAGUGCAGAACUUAGAGCUGCCAGCUAGCCUGAAGGAGCUGGAGGAGGAGGAGGAGGAGGAGGAGGAGAAGAAGAAGAAGAGGAGGAGGAGGAGAUCUUCAUCAGAUAAUGAGGAAAGGGUGAGCGCAGACCGGGCACCACAGAAGACACCAGCACAGGUAAACUUUGUUGCCAAUGAUGAUGGCGAGGCAGAGGCUUCUCCGACGUCUCCCAAGAGAAAGCCAAUUAACUUCAGCAUCAACAAUACCAUCGCCAGACCAUCAAACAGCCCAACAGUCCAUGACAGUAAGGUAACAUCAAGAGCCGACAGCGUAGCAGACAGGAAGCCAUAUGGACAGUGGGUCCCCAUCAGCAGAUCCUCUUCUAAAAAAUAAACACUGAGCUUCAACUGUGAUGUAAAAAGACUGUAUAUAGUGUAAAUAGUUUGUGUAGUGAUCACUUAGGGUAGAGUGGGGUGGGUGAUUAGGGGACACCUGAAUUCAUCAUAUGUUUUCUUUCAGAUAUAAAGUGGGUUUUGUGGAAGAAUCCAAGAGGAUGUCAGACAGGUGGGAAAUAUUGUGUACAUUGUGGUGUUUUUUUGUGUGUUGUGCAGAUGAAAAUUUAUUAAAUAAAAAUGAAAAAAAAAAAUC